AUAUCAAAAGAUAUUAUGAUUAAAGUCUUUUAAAGAUUCUAUGUAUUAUUAGUCUUAAUAAAAUACAUUUAAUAAGAUUUUUAAGUGAUGGUCCAAAUUAAAAAAAAAAUCACACAUGAAAAAAGUCAUGACUUCUAUUUUAAUAUAUAAGAAAAUAUAUCAAUGCCCUAGAGAAUCAUGUUGAUAAAACCCCUCAUUUGAAAUAUUUUAGUUCAGUCUGAUGUUCUCGUUAGAGUUUGCUGUAUCUUUUAGUUUGGAAAAAGUUAUCUAUUUCAGUACACAAACCGUGAUUGAAAUAAACCAGAAUUCUGAUCUCAAAUACUCUCAACUAUUUGAGAGAAUUAAUGACGAAAAUCAGUUCCAUCCGAUCUAUUUCACAAUAAAUAUAUAUACAUAUAUGCAGAAAAAAAUUAUAAUAAAAAAUAGUUAUUAAAACGUUUUCCUCUUAAGAACACAGUUUAAGUUUUGUAGUGUGAAACCUUGUGUGCCACGUAUUGCAUAUAAGAAAGAGAAAUCCUUUUGACCUUGUAAAUUGUAACUAAUAGAUAAAAAUCCAAAACAUGAAAAAGCGACACUAAAAAUAGCAUGAUGGUUUAUGGAAGUGCGUAUUGGCAGAAGGUGAAACGAGGCACGUAUAAAAGUCCACUAACUAAAAACCACUGAUACAUAAAUAGAGCAAAGAGUGUAUGAUAUUUCUACAAGUGAUCAUCAUUAUCAGCUUUAAUGAAUAUGUAAGUGCUUGUAGAGGACUAUAUUGCAUAUUCAUGUCGACCAAGGAGCCUCUAGAGCAAAAUAGUGUAUGAUAUUUCUACAAGUGAUCAUUAUCUGCUUUAACGUAUAUGUUAGUGCUUGUAGAGGACUAUAUUGCGUAUUCAUGUCGACCAAGGAGUCUCUAGACGCCUUUAUGAGUCUUGAGUGGGGUUUUCAUCUUUAUCAUGAACAUCGGAUUAAAGGACAAGUGUUUGUGUCUGUUGAUGGAGGUUUUGCUAUAAAUAGGGCUUGUCGCCAUGGUAUAAUCAAAUAAGUAUUUCUGAUCGAGCUUAUAUUGUUUGGGAAUCUAUCUUAAUUGAGUGAGUUUCACGUGUGUAUAUUAACUUUAUUAAGAGAGUGAGAGAGAGAGAGAGAAAAGAGAGACUAUGGAGAUGUUUUUGAGAAGGGGCUGGAUAGUGGUGUGUGUGUUUAUGUUACUGAUGUCGACUCAAGUGUUGGGAAAAUUAUCUAGCAAAGAUGAUCAUGCCAAGAGCAAACACCGACAUCACAAUAACAAAAGAGACGGUGCUAGUGGAGGUGGAGGUGCUGGAGGUAGUAUCGGAGCAGGAGGUGGUGCUGGCGGUGGCAUUGGAGUUGGAGGAGGCAUAGGCGGUGGUGGUAGUGCUGGUGGAGGUGGUGGUAUUGGAUCCGGAGGAGGAGUUGGUGGUGGAGGGGGUGGAAGUGGUACUGGUGGUAAUGGUGGAAGCUGUGCUGGUGGUCAUGGUGGUGGUGGAUGUGGUAGUGGUGGUGGUGGUGGACGUGGUAGUGGUGGUACUGGGGGAGGUGUAGGUGGAGGUGGUGGCGUUGGAAUUGGAGGGGGAAUUGGUGGUGGUGUAGGUGGAAGCGCGGGUGGAGGUGGAGGCGGUAGUGUUGGUGGAGGAGGACGUGGUGGUGGACGGGGUAGUGGGGGAUCUGGUGCUGGUGGAAUUGGCGGUGGAGGUGGUGGAAGUAUUGGCGGUGGAGGAGGUGUUGGUGGUUCGAUUGGAGGUGGUGGUGGUGCCGGAGGUGGAGUAGGUGGUGGUGCUGGAGGAGGUGUUGGUGGUUCGAUUGGAGGUGGUGGUGGUUCCGGAGGUGGAUUAGGUGGUGGUGCUGGUGGCUUUGGUGGAGGUGGAGUAGGUGGUGGUGCUGGUGGCAUUGGUGGAGGUGGUGUUGGAGGUGGAGUAGGUGGUGGAGCAGGUGGCUCUGGUGGAGGUGGUGCUGGAGGUGCAGUAGGUGGUGGUGUCGGAGGUGGUGUUGGAGGUGGAGUAGGUGGUGGUGUCGGAGAUGGAGUAGGUGGUGGUGUCGGAGGUGGUGGUGGUGGUGCUAUCGGAGGUGGAGUAGGUGGUGGUGCAGGUGGUGGUAUUGGUGGAGGAGGUCGUGGUGGUGGACGUGGUAGCGGUGGAGCUGGCGGUGGUGUAGGAGCCGGAGGAGGAAUUGGUGGUGGAGUUGGUGGAGGAGGCCGUGGUGGUGGACGUGGUAGCGGUGGAGCUGGCGGUGGAGUAGGAGGUGGAGGAGGAGUCGGUGGUGGAGUUGGUGGAGGAGGCCGUGGUGUUGGUGGUGGAGGUGCUGGCGGUGGUGUAGGAGGUGGAGUUGGCGGUGGUGUAGGAGCAGGAGGUGGAGUUGGCGGAGGUGCUGGAGCAGGCGGUGGAGGUGGUGGUGCCGUGGGAGGUGGUGCCGGAGGAAAUGCUGGAGGCGGAGUAGGCGCUGGUGGUGGUGCAGGUGGUGGAGUAGGAGGUGGUGUAGGUGGUGGAGGCGGUUUUGGCAGUGGUGUUGGAGGGGGUGGAGGUGGAGGACUUGGCGGUGGUGGUGGUAUAGGUGGUGGUGGAGGAGUGGGAGGUGGUGUAGGAGGUGGAGCAAAUGUUGGUGUAGGAGUUGGAGCAGGAGGCGGUGCAGGAGGAGGAGCUGGUGGUGGUCUAGCGGGUGGAGGAGGAGUCGGCGGUGGUGUAGGAGGCGGAGCAAAUGUUGGUGUAGGAGUUGGAGCUGGAGGUGGUGCAGGAGGAGGAGCUGGUGGUGGUGGGGGUGGUGGCAUUGGUAACUGAAGACAUUAAAUUGGAAAGGGCAGUGACUUACCAAUUUGGUACUCCAUGCACGUUACUUCCAUGCAUGCUUAAUAUUAGUAAUGAAUAAAACAAGUCUUUCUUUGUGUUGUUGAGCAUGACUCGUCUUUUAAUGGCUUUCUAUAUAUUUCGUAUGUUGUAAUGAUUUCUAUUUUUGUUGACUAUGUUUCUGGAAUCUUCUGUUGGAAUCUUUUGUUUCGGUCGUAAACUUUGAUGUUCACUAAACUUUUUAUAAUAUACGUAGUUUCAAAAAAAUAUCUUGUUAUAUAUUAAAUGAGAAGUUAUUUUAUUGAUUUCUGGUCACAUGUUAAUUAUACAGACAUUUUCAUAAAAAUUCUUAUAAUUUGAUUGGUUGAAACUUUUGAUUUUUUUUUUCUAAAUAUUACCGAAUCUCUUUUUUCUUUUUUUGAAAAUAAAACUUUUCGAUCUCUUUUUUCUUUUUCUUUUGGAACUCCUCGAUCUCUUUGUUCAAGCCGGUAUCUUUCUGAGUUACUUGCAGAGAAGAAAGCCAAGAAUGCUGCGAUUAAGCAACGCGAAGCCCUCGAAGCUUCUCAGAGAGGCAGAAGGCUUGACGCCAUCGAAGCCCAGAUUAAGGAAAGACAGAGGAAACUGGCUGAGGAUCAGAGAAAUCUACUCCAGCAGCAGGCACAAGCAAAAGCCCAAAACCUUCCGUAUGAAGAUGAUUUGGCGAGGAAGCGACUGCAUGUAACAAGGAAAACCGUGAACAUUAUGUUUAACAGUUAUAAAGAUCGUACCUUUAAUGAGAAAGUGUUUGACUUGGAACUUCUGCAGACGGAUCAUGAAGCUCAGAGACGUCAAAUCUCUUGCGUUUUUGUUUUCUUGAAGAGGAUUUUAGCUUGUGUCCCCACAUUAUCUCUAGCACCCAUUGAAGCUUACCCUGUGGUAAUAUUUCGUUUAUGAGGUGACUUCAAACUCGCGGGAUACAAGUUGCUCACUCGUCCUGGAAAUCCAGUACUGCUCACUUAUUCUGAACUCAUUGAUGCUUCAGUAAUACCAUAAGUCUUUUGUACCACAAAAAAAUCUGGCGUUAAUAACAUUUUUGUUUGCCUUGGUAGUGAUUUACGUCAUAAACACUAACAUGUAUCUUAUAAGCCCAUAUAGGAGGAUAUUAAUGUGUAAGAUCACUAUUAUUAGCCCAUAUAGCCCAUUUUUAAAAAAAUUUCAAUUA